CCAAUCUGCUUCAGCUUUGUUUGAGAUGUGUGGUUUUUUUAUUAAAAGUGUUGGUUUUUCGUGAUGUUGCAGACACCAGAGACUGGGAUUAAGACAAAGGAGUCUUAUGAGGUGAAUUCGAGAGGAGUUGAGAUCUUCUCCAAAAGCUGGCUUCCUGAAGCUUCUAGGCCUAGAGCUUUGGUUUGUUUCUGCCAUGGUUAUGGAGAUACUUGCACGUUUUUCUUCGAAGGAAUUGCAAGAAGAUUGGCAUUGUCGGGAUAUGGAGUUUUUGCUAUGGAUCCGGAAACAAAAAGUCUCAAAGUCGUUUCACCAUUUUGUGAAUUUACGAUGUUUCGGUUUACAAUGGAAGUGGAGGAAAACUAUAAUGGAAGUGGAAAGGUGUAGAGGCUAAAGAGACAAAUUUUAUGUAUUUUCUUAUUUUAUUUUUUGUAAAUAAACAAAUUUUAUGUAUUUUCUUAUUUUUUU